GUCCUAGGUUGGCGGGAGUUUCCGAAGCGGCGACAGUGGCGUAGAGGCGGACGGCGCACCCUACCUGUUCCAGGGCGCAAGGGGCCACUGGGGCCGCGGAGAGUGACCUGUGGCCUUGUGUUUCAGGGACGAGGCCCGAGACGGGACAGGCAUCGCUCUGAGAGUUGCCCACCCAAGAUGACUUCAGUGACUAGAUCAGAGAUCACAGAAGAAGAACCACCAGUGACGUCUAAGACUUAUGAUCACCAAGUGGAAUCAAGUCUCGGCCCUGUGGAAGUGUUUACUAAAUCAUCUGCCUCCCUCGAGAUGACUCAAGGUGUUUCAAAAGAAAGAAUUUACCCUGACUGUAGCCUUAUAAAAGGGGGAAGUUGUGAUCCCAGCCACCAGGAAGGACUUCAGUCAAGAUCCCUUCAUUUAUCUGCUCAAGAACAAUCUGCACAUCAUCAAGACAGGAGGCAAUCCUGGCGGAGAGCAAGUAUGAAAGAAACGAACCGGAGGAAGUCACUGCCUCCCAUUCACCAGGGCAUCACAGAGCUCAGCAGGUCCAUCAGUGUCAAUUUAGCAGAAAGCAAGCGGCUUGGCUCUCUCCUGCUUUCCUGUUUCCAGUUCUCUGUUCAGAAACUUGAACCUUUCCUAAGAGACUCUAAGGGCUUCAGUGUUGAAACUUUUCGAGCCAAAGCAUCUUCUCUUUCUGAAGAAUUGAAGCAUUUUGCAGACAGACUGGAAAGUGAUGGAACUCUACAAAAAUGUUUUGAAGAUUCAAAUGAAAAAGCAUCAGAUUUGUCUCUGGCAGCAUCAGUGGCUGAGAUGAAGGAAUAUAUAACAAAGUUUUCUUUAGAACGUCAGACUUGGGAUCAGCUCUUGCUGCACUACCAGGAGGAGGCUGAAGAGAUAUUAUCCAGAUGUUCUACUGAAGACAAAGUGGAACCCGUGACAUAUCUUGGGUCUUCCCAAAGUGAAGUUCUUAAUACAAAGCCUGACUACCAGAAAAUAUUACAGAACCAGAACAAAGUUUUUGAUUGUAUGGAGUUGGUGAUGGAUGAGUUGCAAGGAUCUGUGAAGCAGCUGCAGGCCUUUAUGGAUGAAAGUACCCAGUGCUUCCAGGAGGUGUCAUUACAGCUCGGGAAGAGAAGUGUGCAACAAUUAGAUCCUUCGCCAGCUCGAAAACUACUCAAGCUUCGCCUGCAGAACACACCUACUGCACAUGGAUCUGGAUCUUGUCAGUGACCCUAUGCAGCUUUUCUGCCACUAGAUGCUAAAGAGGAGAGGAAUGGAAAGAGUGUCCUAGCACACGGUGACUGUGUGGAGAUUUCUGCCCUUUUGCCUUUGAAGAUAACUUGCUGACUACAGAGUACUUUGACUUUUUCCUAAAAGUGAUGGAAUUUAUGCAUCCAAAAGAACAUUGUGUAGACACUUUUUCCAGAAAUGUACAAAAUGCUUGAAAUUUCUUUUUUGAAAUGACCUUCAAAACCAGUGGCUCAUUCUUUUAAAUAUCCUUCAUGGUCAGAAAUCUUUAUCCUUUGAAGAUAUUUUUCAGGUUUUGAAACAACCAAGUCUAAUGAAACAUUUUAGAAGCCAAGUUGGGUUCCACAUGUAAAGGAAUGAGACUAAUUUUCUAUGUGGCUCUGCAGGCUAUUUUAGAUAGAAGAGUUUUGCGCAUUGUUAGCAUCAUUGGAAUACAUACAUCACUUCACAAGGUGUCCAAUUUGAAGGAAAUACCAUUCAUUCUCUAUGUCCUGUUGUGUAUAGUCUGCUUUAGUUUUAAUAUUGAGUUACCUCCUAAAUCCUGGAUUCAUAGCAAGAAGGGGCUAUGUACUACGUUUAAUUGUUUUUUGUAUUUGUUUAUAAUCUACAUUAUAAAAUUGAACAUAAUUAAAAGCU